AUGUGACAGCCGAAUGAUACGUUUUCUUAUAGUUCUAUUGUAGUUUUUAUUUUUCAUAACAAUAUUUGCAGAAUGUUGAAAGAGAGGUUUUAGUUUGACAACAAUGACUGAAAUUAGUGCAAUGCAGCUCUAGGUUUAAUGAAAUGUACAAAAUGAAGAUCACAAUGUAUUGAGUUUGCUGCCAGAAUGAAUUGUAAGGAUCAGAUAAAAGUUAUAAUGGAAAAAUGGUGGAGAAACAGAGCUGUCUCCUCUGAACUACUCCAAACUCUUGGAAAUGUAAGAUCUGGACAAUUUUCAGUUUGUGGUACUGAGAUAUACAGUAUGAAUAAUCCAGAUAAUCUAACACGUAAGGGAUGAAAUCAAUCUUACUGAUUUCGAUUAUUGAUGUAACGUUGCAGCUUAUCGGUUACAGACAUGUUCCUGGGAUUUAGAUGUUAAGAGAACAUUAGGGGAACAUUCUUAUAAUUGUCAUGUGCAAACUCUUCAAGGCUUUAUUUUGCAAAUGCUCUGCGAACCAAAACUAAGAAGAUUCCUGAAAUCCAAUAAACAAAAUAUUGUUUACUGAGAUGACAAUUUGUAGUCCUUUUCAGAACAACUGAGACGGCUCUUUUAAGAGUUUUUAUAUAGACUCAAUCUUAUUUUCAUGGCUCUCGGGUCUAUUGUUAUAUUUAAGGUUCCAUAAUUUGUCUUUGGACUAAAUGUUAUCUCCUCUGGUUUGCAUUUUAGCUGUUUGGCAGAUAAUGUUUUCAUGUAAUUUCUAGGUAGGUCUAAUUAUCUAUACAGAAACACAAAUAUUCUGUAUCCUUUAGAUAUCCAACAAUGUCCUGUUUGUGGCUGUCAUGCUCUAGUCAUAUUAACAGUCAUGUUCUUCAUUAUCACUGUUGAGCCAACGGCACUCAAAUUUAAUUUAUUACCUGCAGGCUACUUGAUCGUCUCUGUACUAGUGUUAUCUGACUUUAUCCUGGUUUGCAUUUUAGCAGACAAUAUUCCAGGUAGGUCUAUCUAUCCAGAAAUGUAUGUAUAAUCUAGGUAUAAUUUAUGGGCUGGUUUAAUAUCACAGGUAUAUUUAAGCUACUCAACAUGCUUCAUCAUCCUUGGUGCUUCAGCCUUGGUCUUAAAUACACAACCGAAGAUUCGCUUUGAGACGGAAUCAGAAUGACAGAUCCUCAAAAACAGGUUUUUUACAAAGAAACCCCAUUCACUGUUCCACUCCCGGAGGGCUUACAGGCAGGGAAGAGUUUUAUCGUGAUUGGAAAGAUUUCGCAAAAAACCGACAGAGGUCGGGUGAACCUUCAGUGUGGUUCUGUAUCCAGUGAUGAUAUUGCUCUGCACUUUAACCCACGCUAUGAUGAUGGCGCUGCAUAUGUGGUGUUAAACACUUUUCUAAAUGGUAACUGGGGCUCAGAACGCAGGGGUGACUUUUUCUUACUCAAAGGCGAAACAUUCAUCCUCCAGAUCCUUGUCACCGACCAGAUUUACAAGGUACUUGUUAAUGGGAAACACUUCAUGGACUACAGGCACCGUAUUCCUAUCGCUAGGGUGAACACUAUCUCAGUGAAUGAAAUGGUGGGUCUGGAUUUCUUUGCUUGCAACCAGAAGACUGAGGUGGUCCCGUACAGUACCCGAGAUCACUGGUGGACUGCAGCCUGGCCAAAACCAUUGUCGUUUAUGGACGUACUAACGCUGACUAUAAAAGCAUAGUGUUGAAACUCAAUGAAAAUGAAUUCCAGUACGAAUCCAAUUUUGGUAAUAAUUUGGCUGUCCGUACAAAGAAUCAAGAAAAUAAGGAUGGUGUGCCUUUAAAACGAGAUGAACUCUUUCAGGUCACCAUCUCCUGGGAUAACAUGAAUUUCACUGUGAAUGUGAAUGACCAGAAACCACUUACUUGCAGCCAUGGCAUUGCUAGACUGCAGGACAUUAAUCGCUUUGAAGUCACUGGAGACUUACAACUGUUUUUUGUGAAGGAUCCAAGUACAAAGGAAGUGCAGAUUUAAAACUUCCCCUAAUGAGUUAUCAUAUCAUAUGCUUAAAAAUAUACACAUACUUUCUAACUAUACCAAUCUAAUACUCUGCUGAAUAUAUAUCUACAUAAAUCAAGGUGAAAGAUCAAUGUGACCUUUAAUUAUUGUGAAAUUUACGAGUGCUAUAAGUGAUAUUUACAGAUGUAGAUGUCUGAACUUUCAGACUGAUUUCACUGAAAUAGGUGUCCUAUAAAAUCACAGCUAUGUUUGGAAUAACAUGCUGCUAUACUUCUCAUAUUAUUAAUGCAGUACAUGAGUAUACAGUAUACAAACAAACAAACAAACAAAAACAGUCAAAAAAUGUAAAAGGUACUUUACGAACAUUUCCUUUAACCUUGAAACACAACAAUGCAUAAUUCAAAAUGCAGGUAAAACACUGAAAAAUCUAUACAGAAAAUUCCUUUAUAUUAACAUUGGGCCUUAUUUUCACUUAUACUUCACUACUUUACAGAUAUACUGUAUGCACAUUUUCUGCAUGUAUGCAGACAGACCUACUGGCUAUCUUGGCUGUCAUGUUGUGUAAUGAUUAUAUUCACUUCUGCAAUUAAAUAAAUAAUUAAAAUAAUCUCAUAAAAGUU